UUUUCGGGUCUCAUGAUCUUAGUAAGAUUUUUUUAAGAUCUUAGACAAAUGUAAGCGAAAUCUUACUAAGAUCUUAACAAGAUUUUUCUAAGAUCUUAGUAAGAUUUGAGUAAGUUUUUCACUAGGGGAACAUGAACGUGAUGCACAUGACAAUUAUCAAAAUGUUACAGAAAUAUGCGUUCAAAGAAAAAAUAUCGAUAAUGAUGGCGAUAAAAGUUGUCAUCAACAGGAGCAGCAGCGAUAUAAAAAUGUUAUCCAAUUACAUUUAGAUGGAAAUUGUUCAUCAUUGGCACAUUUUAUUUAUUUGGAUAAUCUCAUUAUAUGGCCUAAUUUAAAGAAAUUAACCUUUCAUGGUAUAAUUUUAUCACAUGUACUAUUAGAAAUUGUAAAGUGUGUUUUGAAUACAAUAAAAUCAAUACAAUUGGGUAUCGUAAAUUUCAUCGAAUUAUUUGACACUAAUCAUAUAGAACUGGAGUUGGUCGAAAAUAUUAUCAUAACAGUGAAUAGUGAUGAUUAUCAUCCUAUUACUAUUAAAUUUAUUGAACAACUACGUCAUUUAUCGCCAAGAUUAGAAAAACUUCACAUUUGCGCAGUUCGAAGUCUUGAUGAAGCACUGCUAAUUAAUGGUCUCACUUUGGCUGGAGGAAAUGGAGAAAGCAAUGGAAUCAAUCAACUCUCAAACCCAUUGGGUUUGUAUGUUAAUGAUGAUCAAACAAUCUAUAUCGCUGAUCGAGCGAAUCACCGUAUUGUGGAAUGGCAAUGGGAUGCGACGACUGGCCAAGUGGUUGCCGGUGGAAAUGGACAAGGAAGUGGGACUCAUCAGUUGUCUCACCCAUUAGAUGUGAUUGUCGACAAGGAGAGAGAUAGUCUCAUCAUCUGCGAUUAUUCGAAUAGAAGAGUGGUUCGAUGGCCUCGUCGAAAUGGGACAAGUGGAGAAACAAUCAUCUCCAACAUCGAUUGUGUGGGUUUGACAAUGGACGAGAAUGGAUCUCUCUAUGUCGUUGACAAUGGAAAAGAUGAAGUGAGACGAUAUCGAAGAGGAGAAUCUCAAGGAACAGUGAUUGCAGGUGGCAAUGGAAGUGGAAAUCGUCUCGAUCAACUCUCUUACCCACGAUACGUAUUCGUCGAUCGAGAUCAUUCAGUAUACGUGUCUGAUUUGGUAAAUCAUCGUGUGAUGAAAUGGGUGGAAGGUGCAAAACAAGGCAUUGUCGUGGCUGGUGGUCAAGGAAGUUGA